ACUGAAGCAGAAGGCAAACAUGGCCGCGUCCUUAGAUGAUGAUUACGAGUCUAAUAAUCAAGAAUACUACGCUCUACUGAACGUCAGGAAAGAGGCUACAUUGGAGGAGCUGAAGGCAUCUUAUCGAAGGCUGUGUAUGCUCUACCAUCCCGACAAACAUCGAGACCCCGAGCUUAAAAGUCAGGCUGAACAGCUGUUCAACCAGGUUCACCAAGCAUAUGAAGUGCUGAGUGACGAUCACUCCAGAGCCAUCUAUGACCUCUUUGGGAAGAAAGGGCUGGAGGUGGAAGGCUGGGAGAUUGUGGAAAGAAAGAGGACACCGGCUGAAAUCCGUGAGGAGUAUGAAAGGCUGCAGAGAGAAAGAGAAGAGAGGAGACUGCAACAAAGAACUAACCCCAAGGGCACCAUCAGCGUGGGCGUGGAUGCAACAGACCUAUUUGACCGUUAUGACGAAGACUUUGAAGAGAUGCCAGGAGGAGGCUUUCCUCAUAUUGAAAUCAACAAGAUGCACAUUUCAUCCAGUUUUUUUUUUUUUUUUCCCCAGGCUCCUUUGACGAACUCGGACACUGCAGUGUUGUCUGGUUCACUCUCUACACACAAUGGGAACGGAGGGGGCAACAUUAACAUGACUGUACGAAGGGUAACGUCAGCCAAGGGAUGGGGAGAGGUGGAGUUAGGUGCAGGAGAUAUACUCGGACCUCUCAUUGGGUUAAAGGUGUUUCGUAAUCUCACUCCACGCUGUUUCUUGACAGCCCAGUGCGGCUUGCAGUUCUCACCUCGAGGUUUGCGACCAAGCUGUUCUCUGAUGACAGCACGCCACCUGGACCAGAACACCAUGGGUUAUCUGCAGUGGCGCUGGGGGCCCAACAGCGCCAUGACAACCAGCCUGGUGCGAGACACAAAGAGCAGCCACUUUACUCUCGCUUUGCAGCUUGGUGUGCCUCACUCAUACCUGAUGGUGAGCUACCAGUACAAGUUUCAGGAUGAUGACCAGACCAAAGUGAAAGGCUCUGUGAAGACAGGCUGGUUCGGCACUGUGGUGGAAUAUGGAGCAGAGAGGAAGAUCAGCCGACACAGUGUCCUGUCAGCGACUGUCAGCAUCGGAGUCCCUCAGGGAGUCACGCUCAAGAUCAAGUUGGCACGCGCCAGUCAAACGUACCUGUUUCCAGUCCACCUAACAGAUCAGCUGCUGCCCAGUGCAGUCUUCUACGCCACCGCCGGACCUCUGCUGUUCUACAUGGCCGUCCACAGACUCAUCAUCAUCCCAUACACUCGCGCACAGAAACAAGAAGAGCUGGAGCUGCACAGGAAGAGCUCAGCCACAGACAUCGCUAAGAAGAAGCAGGAGGCAGAGUCUGCUGUUCUGCUGAUGCAGGAGUCUGUGAGGAGAAUCAUAGAAGCUGAAGAAUCCAAGAUGGGACUGAUCAUCCUGAACGCCUGGUAUGGAAAGUUUGUGUCUGACACCAGCCAGAGGCAGGAGAAAGCAAAGGUGAUCGACGUCACUGUACCUCUGCAGUGCAUAGUCAAAGACUCCAAGCUCAUCCUCACCGAGUCCUCAAAGGCUGGACUGCCGGGGUUUUACGACCCCUGUGUGGGAGAGGAGAAGAGUCUCAAAUUACUGUACCAGUUCAGAGGUGUCAUGCACCAAGUCAUCUCUGCAGACACCGAGCCACUACGGAUACCUAAGCAAUCACACAGACUUGAGUCUGAGUCUUAGGAGCCCAGCAAAUGUUGGAACAGCAUAGAUAAAAAUAGACUCUCUAAUCAGAAGCAUCCAAGAGUGGAGAGGACACAUCAACAAGAAGUCUUUUUCUCCCCUCUGGUCCUCUUCUGUCAUGGUAUUAGUGAACCUGUGUAUCCAGUUUCUCCACUCCUCCCUUUCCCGUGGGCCAGCUCCGAGGGUCAGUACCAUGCAGGAGUGGGCUCAGGGUUUCUACAAGGUAUCACCCUACGUGUCUCUAGGCUGCUGCCAGAGUGCAGACUCCUGAAAACAUAGUUUAAUAUAUGCACUACAGAAGAAGAACUGAUAGUCACCACAGACAUGGUGGUCAUUCCUGCUGAUAAAGAGCGAAAGGUGCACACGAAGAGUUAAAAGAUAUUUCUUAAGUCGAGCAUAUACAAAUGAGCUGUGCUGUAGUUUUAUUCCAUAUCAUUGUCGUCUUUUGUCCUGUGUUUGUGUCACCCUGUUAGGUUUGAAUCUAAUAAUGUAAUAACAUACAAGUCGUUACACUAACUCAUGCAAAAAUGUUUAGAGGAACACCAUGCAGGAUCGUGUCUCAGUGACCCUGCUGUGGCUGUUCAGGGAUGAGUUUGUUUUUGGUCCUUUUUCCCUUCAGUCACAUCAUAAACCGGUGCUCAAAUUUUCUGUGAUGGAUGUGGGGGGGUUUAGGGAGGACUUCUACAUGACAAAUAUGUGCUUUGAUGGUAGCGUCUCAACCAAGGUGAGACAGGCUUGAUCUCUUUAUACAGACACACAUAUCUCAGGCCAGGCUGGAAUUGAAAGUUCUAAAUUGGUAAAUAUUUAGCUAAAAAAAGCUACAUGUGUGGAGAGUAUUUUACGGUUGGGACGUUAGAGCACUAGAGGACAUAGAUCAACAUUUUCCCCUCAUGAAGGUUGUGUUUGCUGCUGACAGUAACUCGUUAACGGAGCUGACCUGAGCCACUCUUAAGUUUGACUUAUUUGACUGACUAUGGCACAUUGACAUAGAUACGUUUAUUUAUUUCAUUUGUAUUGUUUGUACUUCAAUCAUGUGCCAUGUAUUUAAUUUGAUAUAAUGUGCCCCUGCUUUCUUUUUUUAAUUGACUGCCACUGUCACUUGUAUUACUAAGUAAUACAUUGUAAUGCAAUGUUCAAGAUGAUAAAAACACUUGUGAGCAGACUUUAAUGAGCUUCUUCUAUGCGGUUAUCAAAACACUAAUUUACCUGCACUGUAGCUUUGUUUUGUUUUUAAAUCAGGAUGGUGAGGUAUACAUGAGGACAUCUAAUUCAAACUAUUGCACUUUCUGUUCAGAUUUAUUAUUAUAGCACAGGAAUUGUUUUGUUUUCUGUUUUGCAUCAGAUGCACAUUCCAAGAAACCCCCCCCCAUUUGAUAGCUUUCUUUUAGUUGUAAAGGAGAAAUGUGACAGGAGGGACUUGGAUGGGAGAUCCUGUCCUAGGCUUAAGGGAAUCCUGGAAGACUCUCAAACCCACAACUACAGGAUGCAAAUGGUAUUUUAUCUAAACACAAUGGUAAUAGAAUAGAAUUACUUUAUUGAUCCCAAACUGGGAAAUUGUGGAAAAUUUAAUUAAUUUGCACAACAUACAGUGUCAUAUAUUUUAGAUGUUAGUUGUCAUGAAAGAGCUGCUGAUGUUGACAACUGGACUUAACCAGUGUCUUAUAAAGCUGACUUCAUAUGGUUCCCUAUUUUGAUUAGUUUUGGUUUGACUAUUACUGCAAUAGACCUUGAAGACCAGGUGACUGGUCAGCAUUGAGAUGGAGACGUUCUUGUCUGAGUCUGAAGGAUGUCGCUCCCUGUCCUUUUCUGCAGUGAGAUCUCUUAACAGUCUUGAGUUGGGGUCCCUUUUACAUCAGCAACUUUGCACUGCUUUUGUUUGUACUCUUUGUUUGUCUUAAAUGUUUUAUUUGAAAGGUGAGCUGGCCGCCUCAGCUCUGGUGCCACCAUGAGGCCAGCACAAAGACUGCUAUCCUGCUGUUAAACUCCAACCCCCCACUGAACCACACGAGUAUGUCCAUGCAUUGUAUGGUGGAGGAGCCUGUUUUCUCUGUCCUGUAAAGAUUACAAUAAAUAUGAUCCUCUAU